AUGGAUGUGGAAAGCUGGAUCGAUCGUAUAGAGCAGAUUUUUGAAGUGCUCUACUGCACUGAUGAUCAGAAGGUGAAAUACGCCACGUACCACUUGACUGAUAUGGCAAACAAGUGGUGGAAGUCAACCCGGGCUUUGGUUCAGCUGGAACUAGGGGAAGCAGUCCCCAUUACUUGGGAGCAUUUCAAGAAAAUCUUUUUGGACCACUUCUUUCCACAAACUCUUCAGGAGUCGAGAGCUCGCCAGUUUAUGGAUCUUACUCAAGGAUCUAUGACGGUAGCGCAGUAUGCUACAACGUUCAUGGAGCUUUCUCGUUUUGCUAUUUACUUAAUUCCGGAUGAGGAAAAGAAGGCUGAAAAAUUUGAGCGUGGACUGGAUCGUAGGAUUCGAGAACGUGUCCGUACUCUCAGGAUUCGGAGUUUCAUAGAGCUAGUCACCCGAGCUACCAUUGCUGAAGAAGACCUCCAAGAGAACAUCGAGUACAACAACCAAAGGAAGCGCCAGCAACAGCAACAACCCCAAGCAGUGUCGCAUAAAGACAAGAGGCCUCACAUCAUGAAUCGUCAAGGUCAACCACCAGCAGGGCAAACUUACCCCACGUGUGCAACAUGUGGGAAACGACAUUUGGGAAGGUGCAUGUUUGGCCAGAACGUGUGUUUCAAGUGCGGGAAGCCAAACCAUCUAGCUCGGGACUGCCCAGUUAAGAAACCUGGGGAACCGGGUAGGAAUGGAGGACAGAAGACGCAUGCUACAGCGAGAGUUUAUGCCCUUACCCCUAUUGAUGCUGAAGCAUCAAAUGAUGUAGUCACAGAACGAUAA